CAUUCUAAGGUUGCUACCGCGAACUAAGGCGAGAACAACCGUUUUUUGAGGGAUUGUGAAUUUUUGGUUGACAUAGGGACCUGACAAUAAGUCAAUGACAGCUGUUUAGCUGUCAUUGUUUAUAAAUUUAGCUCAACACUCGCAAGUUUUUUAAAACAAAAUGUUACGCCAACCGCUAUCCAAGGCGCUAGCAUUGAGCCCCUGCGCCCGAUUGGCCCCAGUGACCGGACGGAGAUACGCCCAGGUGCAGGCCCAGCCCGAAAAAGUAGAAGUAUUCAUUGAUGAUAAGCCUGUUUAUGUACUCCCCGGAACAACUGUAUUACAGGCAGCUGCAUUGGUUGGUGUUGAAAUACCCAGAUUCUGUUAUCAUGAGCGACUGGCAGUGGCUGGUAAUUGUCGAAUGUGUUUAGUAGAAGUUGAGAAAUCCCCAAAGCCAGUGGCUGCAUGUGCUAUGCCGGUCAUGAAGGGCAUGAGAGUUAAAACUACUUCAGAUUUGACAAGGAAGGCUAGGGAGGGUGUAAUGGAGUUUUUGCUUGUGAAUCAUCCGUUAGAUUGUCCUAUCUGCGAUCAAGGUGGUGAGUGUGAUCUGCAGGAUCAGUCUAUGGCCUUUGGUUCAGAUAAGAGUCGUUUUACAGACAUCCACUUCUCAGGCAAAAGGGCUGUAGAAGAUAAAGAUGUAGGUCCUCUCAUCAAAACAGUUAUGACCCGAUGCAUUCACUGCACAAGGUGUAUUCGUUUUGCAUCCGAAGUUGCUGGCAUUGAUGAUUUGGGCACAACAGGCAGAGGCACUGAUAUGCAGGUUGGAACUUAUGUAGAGAAGAUGUUCUUGUCGGAAUUGUCAGGAAAUGUGAUUGACUUAUGUCCUGUUGGUGCACUCACAUCCAAGCCGUACAGUUUUGCCGCUCGACCAUGGGAGACUAGAAGGAUUGAUUCCAUUGAUGUUUUGGACCCUCUGGGCAGCAAUAUUGUGGUAGCGACUAGAACCAACGAAGUACUUCGUAUACUUCCCAGAACAAACGAAGAGAUCAACGAAGAGUGGCUGGCAGAUAAGUCCCGGUUUGCUUGCGACGGACUCAAGCGACAGCGAUUGGUGACCCCGAUGGUGGCCGAUAGCCGCGGGAAUCUCACGCCCGUAGAGUGGGAGGACGCCAUCGUAGCUGCCGCGCAGGCUAUAAGGGACUGCCCGCCUGAAAAGUUGGUGGCUGUAGCUGGUGAGAUGGCAGACGCCGAGGCACUGGUGUCUCUCAAGGACCUGGUGAACCGUCUGGGUGGCGAGCACGUGUACACGGAGCAGAGCUUCCCCUUGGCCGGCGCAGGCACCGACCUUCGAUCCUCUUACCUCUUCAACACCAAGAUUGCCAACGUCGAGGAAUCGGACUUUGUGCUGCUAAUCGGCACCAAUGUUCGCUUCGAGGCCCCCCUACUCAACGCGCGCCUGCGAAAGGCCUUCAUCCACAAGGAAACAGACGUAGCGCUCAUUGGACCCAACGUCGACCUCACUUACGAAUACAUGCAUGUCGGCGAUUCGGCAUCAAUUGUCAAGGAGCUUGCAAGUGGAACAUCGAACCACGAGGUGCUCAAACGUCUCCAGUCUGCGAAGAGACCCGUGCUGAUAUUGGGAGCUGACCAGCUAAAGACCCCCGAGGGAGCUGCGCUGCUCGCAUACACGCAGGAACUAGCUCUCAAGCUGCAGGGGAAAUUGGAGGAUAAAGAAUGGAAGGUACUGAACGUAUUGCAACGUAACGCGUCGCAAGUUGCCGCGCUCGACAUGGGAUACAAGCCGGGUGUCACUGCUGAUGCGCUGAAGAACGCGAAGGUGGUGUACCUGCUGGGAGCAGACGGCGGCCAGGUGACGAGGGAGUCACUUCCUAAAGACUGCGUGGUUAUAUAUCAAGGUCACCACGGCGACCGUGGCGCUAGUAUCGCGGACGUAGUGUUCCCGGGCGCCGCCUACACAGAGAAGAGGGCCACCUUCGUGAACGCCGAGGGUCGACCGCAGCAGACCCUCGUGGCUGUCACGCCGCCCGGCAAGGCUCGGGAGGACUGGAAGAUCAUCAGAGCUCUAUCAGAAGUGGUUGGCGCCGGGCUCCCGUACGACACGAUGGACGAGGUGCGAGAACGACUCGCCGACGUGAGCCCUACCCUCGUCUGCUACGGUGAGGUUCAGGACAAUAACUACUUCGCGCAGGCGCAAGCACUCACACAGAGUGUUCAGAAGCCAGUUUCGGGCAAGUUGGACGUGGAGCUGAAGCAGCUGGAGGACUACUUCAUGACGGACCCCAUCAGCAGGGCGUCGCCCACAAUGGCCAAGUGUGUCAACGCUGUACUCAAGCAGAAACAGUUGCCCUACUAGGUAAAUUAAGCAAUUCAAUCCUGGCGAAGAAUAUUUGUAUUUUAAAACAAUUUCAACAUACACUCAGUAGGAAAGACAUUCCUGUAUAUUAUUCUCAAUAGAACAGUCGACCUUCUUGCUAACUUAUCAAAUUAAUACUAAAACUAUUGGAAUAUGUUCAAAGCAUAUGUUACCGUGUAAUUUAUUACGUAUUGAUAAGGAUAAAUAAAUCAAUUGGAAAAAGUAGAAGAUUGGAAAUCAAUGUUAUAUAAAAGGUAUAUGUUUGUAAGAACAGCUUGUAAAUAAGUCUUUAGGAAAUAAAGUAGAUUAUAAUUA